GUGAACUUCAUAAAAUAUCCAUUGUCAAUUGUUUUAUCUAUAUUUUAUUGUUUUAUAUUAAUUUUUUUUUAUCAUUAAUUUUUCUUUCCGAAAUUUAUAAAUUAAUUUGCGGAAACGAGUUCAAAAUGGUAAAUACAAGACGAUCCAGUAUUACUCCCGCUGAUGAUUCAAACAAUAAUGCUGAAAACUAUAUCAUUAUUGAUGCGAGUCAAGUGGAAAAUGGGCAAAAAUGUUAUAUUGGCGAUAUUGUUUGGAUAAAACAUAAUCAUACCUUGGAUACACCUGUUAUUGUGCAAAAUAUUUUAAAUGGUGACAUAGCUGAAGUACAAAAUUUGAUCGACGAAACUGUGAUAUCAAUAAAUGGAAAAUACUUGUCAAAAACCCGUAGUACAUUAGUCGAAACCAGACAAAAGUGUAAACUAUCAUCUAUAGGAACACUCGCAUUAAUUCGGCAAUACAAUUGUCGACAAUCGAUUGAAGAACUUAUGAAUGCGAUUGAAUGCACCAAUUCACGACAAAAAUUCGUUUCCCAGGAGUUGAAACAUAUUUUAGACGAGGGAACAAAUCGCAACUAUGAUGGACUAUUGAAACGAAUAAAAGAAUCAAAAAACAAAAAAAAUGUCAUAUUGGCGAUGUACAAUUUAUAUUAUCAACUUCAAUAUGAUUCAUUUAAAAUGUCAAUAGACGAAAUGCAGUCAAUUGCAAUGAAAAUUCAACUCACCAUUCCCGAUUGUAUUAGAGUUUGUGAUCAUUGCUUGGAACCGGGUGAAUUGCUUUUGUGCGGUGGUUCAUGUGAAAAAACAUUUCAUCGAAAAUGCAUGAAAAAACAUGAACGGAACAUCGAUUGGACGCGAAUUGAGCAACAAACCAAAACAAAUCAUCACAGUUCAAUUAAAAAUGGCACCGCCACACAAGUAUGCAGAAGCCCACAAUGCCGAUUGUUGAACAAUAAUCCGGUUGACAUGAACAAUAAUUGUACGAAUUUAACGACGUGUGACACCCCAUUCAGAGAAGAUCGUAUUGAAUGCGUUGAGUGUCAAGCAGUGUAUAAUUCGACAAAUAUACCAAUUGGUGCAUUGCUGUUAUCUAAAUCACAAUUGGUGUGUGGCACACACCGCAAAAUCAUCGAGAAGAAAAUGUCAGUGUGCACAUUUUGUUUGAAAUGGUCAAGAAAUUUGGUGAAAUGUACAAAAUGUGCCAACGCAUUCCAUAAGAACUGCAAUGGUGACAAAUCAGAGUGUCAACAAUGUGCCACGAGUAACAGAUAUGGCGAUAUUGUUUAUACAUAUACAUCGAAUAAGUGGUGGCCGGCAAUUAUCAUCCGCGAUGAACAACUGACGAAAAAGCAACGAAAGAUAACUAUCACCAAACGAGACUGGGGAACAACAAUGGUUUUUGUUAUUGGAAAAAAUAUAUACAAACAAGUGCAUGUGAAAAAUCUGCUGAGAUUUUCAAUCAAUAAAAUAAUCAGAGACGAAACUUUGGCAACAAAUGAAAAACUGAACAAUGCCGUUCAAAUUGCGACAGCUAUAUAUCAACUGAACAUACAACAGCCGUGAGCGUAACGAAGCAAGUAUUUGUGGAUUUUAGUCUCGAAAUAUACAAUAUCAUUUGGUGGAACAAAUGUGAGUUUGACUCAGAGUUCAUGUGAGCAACUGACUGAAUACAUUGACUCGACAGUGAAAUAAAUGCUUACAAUGGGCCCAGAUGUGUCCUGCAGAAUAUUUGAUUCUUGUAAUUUUACAUGUUGUUUUAAUUAUUGUAACAAAAACGAACAUUUUCUCAAAAUGAAGCCUGCAACAGUGAAUUUACCUAAAUUCUAUUAUAUUCAAUCAAGUUGUGGAUUACUUUGAACUUAAUGAUUGAAGGUACUAAAAAAUAGUUUUUAUUUUGCUACAAACGACUACCAUUCUAUUCAAACAUUU